UUUAUUCUAAUAACGAAACGUCCAACCCGGAAAAAAGACAAUUCUUCUCUAAGCCGAUCACUCAAACAAACGGACAGAGAGCUGCACGCCGGCUGUGUGACUGUACGCGGUGUCUAAAAGUUAGUAAAACUUUGUCUAACAUGCCCGUUGUUCACCGGACUCGGGUCUCUCCUCUGUGCUUCGGAGCCGUGCGGGGCGCUGGCUGUGGCGCACACUGACUCCACACUGGCAGCAGCAUGCCGUACGUGGACCGGCUGAACCGUGUGUGUGGCUUCCUGGACGUCGAGGAGAAGGAGAACAGCUGCCGCUUCCAGAGGCGAUACUUCAUCCUCGACACCCAGGAAAAUGCUCUGCUGUGGUAUAUGGACAACCCUCAGAACCUGCCCAGUGGAGCUAGCUCUGUUGGCAGCCUGAGACUAACCUACAUCUCGAAGGUGAGCGAAGCUACAGUGAAGCAAAAGCCAAAGACAGAGUUCUGCUUUGUUAUCAAUGCAGUUUCUCGAAGGUACUUCCUACAAGCCAACGAUGUAACCGACAUGAGGGACUGGGUGGCGGCUCUCAAUAAAGCCAGCAAGAUCACUGUUCCCAGAUCUGGCCCCGCCCCCCUGAGGUCCGAUGUGACCGCAGUCAUCAGUGACGCUCAGGGAGUGAAGAGACAACACGCCUACAAGACUGAGAUCAUCGGGGGCGUGGUGGUGCACACCCCCAUCCAGAAUGAGUGCGAGGAGGCAGAAGGGAGAGAGAGGAAAGGCAACAGGCCAGGCAUGCUGAGGUGCGGUUACUGUGUCAAACAGGGAAAUGUGAGGAAGAGCUGGAAGAGGAGGUUUUUCACCCUGGAUGACAAUGCAGUUAGUUACUACAAGUCUGAGAUGGAUAAGGAGCCUCUACGGGCCGUUCCACUGAGGGACAUUCAGAAGGUCCAUGAAUGUCUCGUGAAGUCAGGGGAUCUGCUGCUGAGAGACAACCUGUUUGAAAUCAUCACCAGCUCCAGGACCUUUUACAUUCAGACGGACUCUCCAGAGGAGAUGCAUGGCUGGAUCAGGGACAUUGAGAUGAAGAUCCAGGACUUCAGGGGCCCCCCCAAGGGCUUAUCAUUUAUGCGUGCGUCCUCUCUCUAUCGUAAUCCCAAUGCCUCCUCAGCGUCUCGGGGUCAGCAAGGGCACGACCUCCGACCGGCCCUGAUGAAGUCCUGCUCCGUGGCCCCCGGCUGGCAGCCCUGGACCCCCGUCCCGUCCUGCGAGCCCUCCAUCCUGGACGCAGAGGAGGACGACAGUGCUUUCAGCUCUGUCCCCACCUUGCCUUCUCUCUCCUCCUCCUCCACUUCCUCCUCCACAUCCUCCUCCUCCAACUCCCUCUCCGCCCCUAACCCUUGCCCCACUGCUCCUCCAGCAGCUUCCAGCGGACUGGGCAUGCUCAAAGCGUCCGGAGACGUGGCCAGCGGGCGUCGGAGGCACCGCUCGCAGCCGCAGCCUCGCACCGGCUUCCCCUUCAGCCUGGACGACGACGGCAUCCGCACAACAGACGUCUGAGUUCACUCUGCUCAGACUCCUGUGUUGGUACCUGCUUUAAACUGAAUGUGACUGGUAAUAAUAGUAUUCCUUGCUAAUGAAGUGACACUGUGAGCAUCUGACUUGGCGCCAUGACGUGAGAUCAAGGCUGGUCUUGUGGCUGUUUUGCAGACGAAGGAUGCGCACAGCUGGAAGAAAACCGAGAGGCGCAGUGUGUGUUGCUCACAGGACUGUGAAGAAGUACAAUGGAGUGAUCAGCUUCCUCUGAAAACUUGAAUAAUCUUGUUGUUAAUUGUUCUAGCAGACUACGAAUUAUCAAAUGAUGGCACUUCCUGUCAAUCUGUUGCACUCGCCUCCACUCGGAGAUUUAACUGUCAGCAAUAAUGUGUUUUCACCCCUGUUAGAAGUAUUUACCAAGAAUAGUGUUUAAAGGCAUUUAGACUCACUAGUAUCCAUUCCUUUUAUAUUCAAGCUUUUUUUCAUAAAACACAUAGUUUGGGUCUUUUUAUAGUUUUUGUUUUCGCCCAGCAGUGUUAGUUUGCCUCUUUCUUCCUGAGUCACACAUUAUGUGACAUCAAUUUACCUUCGUUAAUAAUUAACUAGCAUUUGUUUACUUACAUCUUAUCAGGUGCCUGGGGGGAAAGAAGUGUGGGUCUCAUUAAAAAAAGGUACAAGCUAACUGAGCAGCAGCUUUUAUUUGUUCGCACUAUAUUUUAAACAUUAGCUUUUAAUAUUUGGCUAACUGUGACUCCUUAGCUUUUAACAGAGAACCUACCGUAAUAAUAUAGCAGUGUUUUAGAUGGUACUACCAACGUUAGAGUACAGCUGAUCAGCCGGUUGACAGCUUUGUAAAUGUGAUUUUUGUUAUUCCAGCAUUAUGUGGAAUAAUAUGCCACUACUUCUGGUAAUUGAAUUGUAAUUGCGCACUUUGCUUUUCUCUCUUUACUUAUUCUUUUGUGCUUUUACAGCAGAUAUUACAGCUUCCUCUGAGAAGAUGGCUCGGAGACUUAGUUUUGUUACAGCAGUAGACUAACCCUAACAGAUUCACCUCAAGACGUCAUUGAUGUGGUACCGUGGUCACGCCUUUUCCGUUUGCUAAGAUGUGUGCACUCGUCUGACUGUAAUGUUACGUUUCUUUCUUGUACAUUAAAUAAUGAUUUGUA